AUGGAAGCGUUCGGGGAAUUCAAACGUCUUUUUGCGAUUUGCGGAAAAUGGCGAGACGAAUUCGCCUUUCGCGUUGGCAUUGGCGAGGGCGCGAGUCCGGCACAACGUCCGUCCUUCUAUCGUGUCGAAACGCUGGAAGCGGAUCACAGGAACGACUCGUUUUUCGUCUAUAAAUGCUCCAAUCCAAACCUCCCUACCUCCUCCACCCGAAUUUCCAUUCGAGAAUUCUGGUGCUUCUUUCCGACGCUCGGAGGCGGACCAAACGGCCGUAAGACUCACCACAACAAAACAACGCACAAUCGAAUCUCUUGGUCCUUCCACGAGGUUUCUUUGUGCACAACAACGUACUUUUAUACCAAAGCAUUCUCUCGCACAACACCGUUCCAAUGCCCGCCUUUCGACCCUUGGCCUCCACCCGCAUGUUGCUUACGCACGUGGGUGUUGGAAUGGGAGCAGCGUCCUUUUGGAGAGGCGCAUGCCUCACUCGUGCUCGGCGUUGUGGGCAUGGGAGCUUCGCAGGGACUCGUAGCCCGUGCCGAAGCCUUGUCACAAAAGACACCGAAACGGAAACUGCCCGUGGCGGCGGCGCGUUUCGGGGCACUCUAUACCGUGGCCGUCUCGUGUGUGUUGGUCUGGCGGGGAACCUGGGUGGGUUGGGAUUGCCUUUACGAACGCUUGCAUCCCCAUCCCGAUACCAAGUCGACCGAUCCCGGACACGCGACUCACUCCGGAAUGCUGUCGCACGUGGUGAGUGUCACGCUACUCCUCGCUACAGGUUUGUUUGCCUCUGUCUUGGCUCCGCCCGCAGCCGUAAGUGUCAUUCGCGACUGGUCGAUCCACUCGGGGAGUCGAGCCUACUCCGGACCGGCACAAUCGGUUUUCAACAAGCUUUUCCCAUCGUCGUCGUCCUCAUCAUCGGUUCAAACGGCUGGAGGAAACGGCUUUAGUCCAAGCCGAGCAUUCCUGUCGACAACCUCGAACCGAUUGUCCGCACGGGGUCAGCAUCCCCAUCCGUCGAGUCUCCUGCGGACAGAGGGUUCACGAACAAGCAAAGUGCACCGAACAACUUACACAUCGAGUACGCGGUGAAUGUAUGCGUUACCGCCGUCGCGGCCUAACUUUCUUUGUAUCCCGAUCCACACGCCAACGCUACCAGCUAGUCGAAUGUAAACUAGAAAAUACAAUUUUGUG